CAAAUUUUUAAAAACAAUAGUCUGUCCAAAGUACUUAGGUAGGUUAGGUUUGCUUUUCAACUCAUAAUCCCGAAAUUGUUGAAGGAUCUUUCUAUUAUUCUCUUCCUAUUAUGAGAAUAGAACAAUGGUUCGAAAACAAAAAGGGCGGUGUGGUGACGUGCGACAAGUUACAACUUGAUUAUAAUCUUAUCGGUUCAUGCAGGUUCUUACUUGUUUUUUAAACGCCUUAAGCAAUUUAUUCCUUUCGCUAUCCCAGUUAUAUUCAGAGCGUCAGAGGAAUAUGAUUGAUCUCCGUGAUUUAUGUUGUAUUUUUGGAGGAAAACUCCAAAAGUUGUGCAUACGUAUAAUAGUGUAGAGAAUAUUAGGAAAAGCAGGACAAGAUUGUGCGUGUUGAUGAUGAUGUUCACCACACAAAUUGCAGCUGGCCAGCCGUUAUCCUGCAAAGAGGACACACACUGCUCUGAAGCAUAUUUUUGUGAAAUACAAUCUAAUAUUUGUAAAGAAUGCUUAAGAUGCACGGACCUUAAGCGACACACGCCUAAAUUUAAUACAUCUGAUAGCUGCAUUAAAUCUGCGACGGAUUGUGGCCCCUGUUCUGAAGGGUUUAUUAAUGUGUAUCGGGAUGGUGUAAAAGGAAAAUGCGUAUUGCCAGAGUUCUUCGAAUUUGGAAGUGAAUCGCGUUACGCUUACUUAUGGACUAGCGCGGCUGUGGUCGGCUUUCUCAUCUUCAUAAUUUUUGUGUACGUCAUAAAGCGCACUCAAGUAUUUCAGGUUGUGGCUUAUUACGAUCCUGUUUCGGUGCGUGGGUCUCCGCAGCCGGAUGUAGUGAAGACAUUUUCUCCUCGACAUCUCCUAAAAGAGUUGCUUCAGUUCAACACAGAAAAAUCUUCGGAUAUUAUGCAAAACAUGUAGAAAAGUUUGUUCAAUUUCUUGAUUGUCCAGGGACAUUUUCUAAAACUUUGUUGCAUUUUUUGUCGGUCUCGUUUGAAAAUCAUAGUUCAACUCUUGGUCAAGAAAACACAUUUCGUCAUGAUUUUUUAAACCUGUCAUUUUUUUUCCGAUAUUAAUAAACUGCUUAAUACGUCUA